AUGGCAUCGCCUUUGAGAGCCCUCUCAGCCACAUUAUUACUGUUAGCUAUUGCAUUGGUUAAUUGCGAAGCAAAGCUAUCUGCUAUCCAUGCAAUUGGACGACAAUUAAGUGAACAUACUCAACCUGUCAUACCUUAUAAGCCAAAAUUCAAGGCAGGGCCAUGGACCAAGGCUCGUGCCACCUUUUAUGAUGGCAGCACAUCAUCAUUUGGGGGAGCAUGUGACUAUAAAGAUGUUGUAGCAGAAGGCUACGGCCUCAACACAGCAGCUGUAAGCGAAACAUUGUUCAAAAAAGGGGAGGCCUGCGGUGCUUGUUAUGAAAUUAAAUGUGUAGAAGAUCCAAAAUGGUGCAAGUCAGGAUCUCUGCGUGUUACAGCAACAGAUCUUUGCCCGCCAAAUCCAUCUCAACCAAGUGAUAAUGGAGGGUGGUGCAAUCCCCCACUUGAGCAUUUCGAUAUAGCCAAGCCUGUCUUCAGCCAACUCGCAGAUCACACUGCUGGAGUCAUUCCUGUCAAAUACCGCAGGGUUCCAUGCAAGAAGAAAGGAGGAAUCAGGUUCACAAUAUUGGGGAAUCCAUGGUUCAACCAAGUCAUAGUAUGGAACGUUGGUGGAGCUGGAGAUGUUAUUUGUCUUGAAGUGAAGGGAAAGGACAAGGGUAAUAAGUGGAUAAAAUUUGAAAGAGAUUGGGGUUCCACUUGGAAAUGCAGUGCUCACCUGGUUGGAGAAGCACUCUCCUUUAGAGUUCAAACAAGUGAUGGCAAAUACUCAAUUUCGUCGAAAUGUGCUCCUAAGAAUUGGCAGUUUGGUCAGACAUUUGAGGGCAAAAACUUCAAGUAAAUCAUAACCAAGA